AUGAUUCCCACCGCUUUCUAUGGCAGCGUCAAGAGCGUCACUUCUGCUGAUCAUAUGUCAUUAUCCUUCAGCAGGGGAGUGUCCAUCAUUCUUCUCCUCACAUAUUUCUUAUACCUUUUCUUCCAGUUCAAAUCACACGCUCACUUGUUCCACUCCACGCGGCUCCAAAUGCCGCAUCCAAUCGAUCCUCUAUAUACAGACGACCUCGAAUCGCGUCCCACCACGGUCGAAAGCGCAACAAGCAGACAUAUCCGCCAGCUAGAGAUGCAAGAGGUGCGAUCACGGUCAUGCUCAGUCGACGCACAAACGGCAGCGGCCAUGCCACUGUUCCACAACGAACCAUCUGAAGGAAGAACGACCCUCCACCGACACACGGCAUCUGAAGGAAGGAGCCUCCCCAGACAAACGGCACCUAUCCGAGACUAUGGACCAUGUCGCUGCGACCGCUACGUGAUCAAGUCCAACCGAACGAUAUCCGUCACCCUCCUCGCCCUAUCAACCGUUCUCAUCGCCAUAUGCGCCGAAUACUUCUCCUCAAGCUUCUCAACGCUCAACGAACAGGGCGUCCUCGGUGAAUCAUUCGUCGGUUUGAUCAUUAUUCCUAUCGCCGGAAAUGUUGCCGAAAAUGUUACUGCCGUUGUUGUGGCCUCGAAAAACCAAAUGGACCUUGCCAUCAGUGUUGCUCUGGGAUCGGCCAUUCAAAUCGGUCUCUUGGUUUCGCCGGCUAUGGUGCUUAUUGGCUGGGCUCUCGACAAGCCCAUGACCUUGCAUUUUGACAAGUUCGAGAUGGUCACUCUGAUCGGGGCUGUUAUUCUGGUCGAUUUCAUCGUGCUCAAGGGAAAGACUAAUUAUUUGGAGGGUGCUAUCUUGUGUGCCUGCUUUGCCGCUAUUUCUGUCGGCGCAUAUCUUUUACCGCUCACUUGA